AACCUCAGACGGCAUCAAUAUUGUGGGUCUGUUGGUGUUCUCCGUCGCCUUUGGCCUUGUCCUGAGCAGUAUGGGGUCAGAGGGGAAACCUCUGAGGGAUUUAAUCAACUGCAUGAAUAAAGCCAUUAUGCGUCUUGUUAGCAUAGCUAUCUGGUAUUCUCCAGUGGGAAUCAUCUUCCUGCUGGCUGGGCAGGUUGUUAAAAUGACGGACGCAGCAGAAAUAGGUCGUGAUGUUGGCAUGUACACUCUCACUGUGGUCACUGGGCUGAUCAUCCACGGCUGCGUCACGCUGCCGCUCAUCUAUGUUAUCGUCACAAGGAAGAAUCCCUUGAGGUUUUAUGGAGGAAUCCUCCAGGCUCUCAGCACGGCCUUUGGGACUUCAUCCAGUUCUGCAACCUUGCCUGUUACUCUUCGUUGUAUGGAGGAAAAUCUGAAGAUGGACAAACAGGUGACGCGCUUCAUGCUGCCUGUAGGUGCCACUAUGAACAUGGACGGUGCCGCCCUCUAUGAAGCAGUGGCAGCUUUAUUCAUAGCCCAGGUCAACGACAUGGACUUCAAUGUCGGACAGAUUAUCGUUCUCAGUCUGAUUGUGACAGCAGUAAGCACUGGGUCAGCUGGUAUCCCACAGGCUGGGAUGGUCUCCAUGCUGAUUGUACUGAGCUCGACUGGGCUGCCUACUGAAGACGUAUCCCUGCUCCUCAUGGUCGACUGGAUUGUGGACCGCGUACGAACUGCCACCAACGUCCUGGGUGACUGCAUCGGUGUCGGUGUGGUGCAGCAUCUGUCCAGACACAAACUGCAGAAAUCCAGUCCUGCAGCGACAAACCCAUCUCCAAGAGUCUAAUUACCAAAAUGAAAGAAAUUCAUGUGUUGAGUUUCUGUUGGAAUUAAAAUCAUGAGAUUAGAAAAUUUGAGUGUUAAGAAAAUAAAGACAAAUCUGUUGGAAAGGAGGCUUUAUUU